CCCAGAGACACAAAAAGCCAAUAAUUCAUUCUGCUGCAGUGCUCCAAAUGCGUACCUAACGAUGAGUAAUCACACCGAUGAGGAUCCCAUGGAUCAAGAUAGUUGUACAAGCACGAGCGACGAAGCGAAUCUGCAGCUGGAUCGUGAAUUACAACAAAGCGAAGGAGCCACUCACACAGCGACUGAGCCGUCACGGCAAACUAUCCCAGUUGGGAUUUCACCUGCCUAUGUGAAAGGCUGGGACUCUGCAGAUGCAUUUCGCGAGCUGUACCAAAAUUGGAAAGAUGCUAUUCUAGGAAGAUUUCAGCUAAACCGAUUGGAUUUCAAGCCAUUCUAUGAAGACAAGAAAGACUAUUUCUCCAUCACAGUCCCGACUACCUCGAAUGACAACGGCAAUCGGCGAGCUCUGGGGUACAUAAAAUAUGAGAAAAAGACCGGUCGAGUCACCUUGACCAAUUCCUGCAUGUAA